AUGGCAGGACCUAAUGGUAUCCCCAGGGAGAUAUUCAAUUAUGGCGGGUACCUCCUUCUCCAGCGUCUGUAUGGCUUAAUUUGUGACAUCUUUGGGCAUCCGAAAAUCUCCCUCAGCAAGAUAAAGAUGCCAACAUCAUUCUGUGUGCACCAACUUCAGAGGCAGUUUGGUUUCUACAAGGGCAGGAGUACUAUGGACAUGAUCUUCGUUGUCCGACUCUUGCUGGAAUUCUAUGCUGCUUUUGUUGAUCUUACAAAGGCAAUGGAUAUAAUCAGUCGUAAGAUACUGUGGGCCAUCCUGGUUAAUGGUGGCAGCCCUCCUGAAAUUGCCAAGAUCCUUCACCUCUUCGCCAUCUACCAAGCAGCAGUAACACCCCUCUCUCGGUACAAUUUAUACCUGGAAGAUGGCACUGCCUUCCGGUACCGUCAGUACGGCAGCCUUUUCAGUACUUUUCUAACAGCAACUGCCUUUGAUGUGCAGUAUGCUGACGAUAUUGCCUUCAUCAGCCAUACAGCAGGACUUCAAAGAACCCUCUCUGCUGCAACCAGCAACUGCACCACCAACACUGGGCUCAUAAUAGAUACCAGGAAAAUAAAUGUUCUCUGUCGAUGUUGCCCCUGA